AUGGCCUUCAACAACCAACAGCAGCCGCCCAGAGGCCCCGCGGCCGCUGGAGGUAACCCGGACUUCAACGCCAUGCUCCAGCGCUCCAUGCAGGCGCCGGGCAGCCAACUGCAGCCGCAAAUCUCUGAGCUUCCUCGCGGGCCGUCGCCAGGUAUGGGCUACGAGGGCGUAUACAGUGCCACACCACCACCCCAGCUGUCGCAGCAACAACAACCACAUGGACCCAACGUGCUCGGUGGAGCGCGUGGCGGUCUUCCGCAGCCGAUACUCCCCGUCGACCUACCACCGCAGGCCUUCUUGACGUCAGCCAUGCUGCUAGACAUGGUGGACAAGAAGGUUGAUGUAUUGCUCCGCGACGAGAAAGAGUACAUUGGCAUCCUACGUUCCUACGACCAAUUCGCAAACCUUGUUCUCACAGAAUGCUACGAGCGAAUAGCAGCACGCAACCCCGACGCAACACCUUCCUCUGACCCCUCGGUCCCCCGAUGGCUGAUAAACGAUGUCAAGCUCCCCGGCGUCAUGACUGUACGAGGCGAGAAUGUCACCAUAUGUGCGACUGUUGACCUCGACCGGGAAGAGCAUCCCAGGGGCGCCAAGUUCGCAGAAGAGGAUCAAGUGAGGGCGUUGGCAGCGUCACAAAAAGCAGAGAGGAAGGAGAUAGACUCACGGCGAGCAAAAGCCCUAAGGCAAGCAGGCAUUGAGCCCGGGUUUGGUAUGCAAGGAUGA